AUUCUUAUCGUCCCUGCUCCCACAAUACCCCGUCUUUCGCCCAUAUCGCCCCUUUUUCGUCUGGCCCUCGCCCCCUCCCGGUAAUUCCAGCAGGAACUCCGCUCUCAUAAAUAAACAAAACAGGACCCACUUUUUGAAUUCUCCCCCUCGGAGCGCAUGCGCGACACGCAAUCAGCUGUGGCCCGAGAAAUGGCUCCUAGCAGUCGGUCAGUGGUGCAAUUUACGAAUUAAACAAACCCAGAAAAGCGAAAAAAUGUGAUAAAUGGCACUGGGGCCAGCCGCGGUUCGAACUGGAAGGGCAGUGCGGCCCUGCUUUGCGUAAGAGCGCCAGGAGCAUGUAGGAGCGAUUGCCCGUUUCCGCACACACCAUUCCGGAUUUCACUGCCCCCGAGACUACAAUGGCCACCAUGAUGUACCCGACGCUCACCAAGUCUCAGAGCAUGAGGUCGAAGCGCAAAUCCGCCGUCGAGCUCUUAGCUGAAAGCAAGCCUUUUUACGUCAAGUCUGAAAUAGUUAGGGACACCACGCAGGCUCUACCGACGCGCCUUUCGAGCGUGGGGCCCGGGUAUGGGGGCUACAACAGGAGCAAGUCGGUCAAUGUGGCGGGCCAUGGGACCAACUACAGGCCCACGACGCUGCCGCAGUAUAUGGCCGUCUCCCCUUCGCGCUCCCUCCCGCCCCUCUCUCACCGCCGCUCCGUACAUUUGGGCAGCAACGAUCUUCUUCAGAAUAAACUUCGCCAGUUACUGGUUUGUGAUAGCGCGGAGGAAUUAAGCGUCGAACAGAUGGCACCCUUGAGUCCUCCAGCGGAAUACGCACAAAGGUGCCACAAAAGCCUUCCAGAUCUUCACUGCAGAGCUGAACCUAGUUCUAAUAAGAGUAGUAACAAGAGUCUUUCUAAUAGGGACAGUGGCGGCUCGAGCGGCCACUACACGCAGAGGAGCGAGCCGGCGCCGCCCCCGAGACAGGACACCCGGCGCGACUCCGGCUCCAGCACCCAGCACAGCGGCGGCAGCUCGUACUUCUGCUGCCAGGAGCCCGAGUGCCGCGCCCGCCAAGCCUACCCGCCGCCGUCGACCUUCAAACGUCAGAAAUGCCUUCGGUACAAGCGCGACCGCCCCAUCCUCCGCUCCAAGUCCGACAUCAGCGACCGCUACUGGCGCCCCCCCGAGCCCCCCACCAGCCACCUCGAGCAGUUCUUCGAGCACCUCGGCCUCACCAGCGACAGCUACGAGGAGAUGCUGAGUAACAGUAGGUCCUCGGAUAGCCCCGUUUUCUUCUCGGACGUGUCGACGGUCGACUCGAGCCGCCCCCUAGACAGCGUCGAUUACUGUCCCUCGUCGUUCAGGCCGAGCGAGCCGCCCUCGAUCGUCGAGCGCAACGCCCGCAUCAUCAAAUGGCUGUGCAACUGUCGGAAGUCGCAGCUGACGUGAGAUGGCGCCGCCCCCGCCGCCGCCGCCGUACAUUCCACCUGACGAGACCUCACGAGCGCGCGCGAUCAUAGCAUUUUAAUUCUUAGCACGGACGACAUACUCGAGGAAAAUUUCAAAUUUCACGUGCAAGUACCUUAGCGUGACUCGAACAAUAACGAAGCAAUCAAAUCGGCGACUUUCGGUUUCUUUCGUUCGUGUGGAAUACCAAAAUUGAGUUGUGAUAGUUUUUUGCGUUUUAGAUUAGGGAGUAUGUUGAGCGGGAGGGAGGGAGCACAAGAAAUAAAUUGCUAUGAUGAAUGGAGAACGCGAGGUUCGGCUCGGAUCGACGGCCGAGUUUUCGACGAAUCACAAGCGAGUUCUGCUCAAACGUUAUACCACAUUCGAUUUUUUUUAUUUUCGAUACUUUACAAAGAAAACGUUUUUUCAAGACUGACAUUUCCAACUCGAUCAAACUUCCACGAUGAUUGAUUUCGAAAUAUUCCAAUUUUUUCUAAAAAGAAACUUUCCAAUACGAGUGUUCAAUUUUUUAUAACAAACUUAUUUUUAAUUUAAGUGUUUUUCGAAAGUUAACAGUUGCCGUCACAAAAUUUGUCUUUAGUUCAUUUUAAUUUCUACGAUGGUAGCACUAUUUUUCAAGUAAAAAUAAACUAGAGACCAUUGUAAGUGGUUAUGACAAGUUUUUAGUCCUAAAUACGUUAAGUCAAGACACCAAGAAUAGACAGACACUUGUCAUUUUUUACAGAAAGUUCUGUGUACGAAAAUGGCGUUUUGACAUCGUAAUUUCUCCCAUUUGGCGUGGAUGGCGCCACCAACAUUAAUCGUACUUAUACAAAUUAAUGAAAUAAUUUUGUAAUACCUAAGUACUCGAAAAGUCAUUUUCAAAAACGAUUGAGUGGCGCCAUCUGUCGGUUGAGCGCGAAACAAAACCCUGAAGUGUCAACAGAGUACCGUAAGCAAUAUAAAUUUUCCAAAGUCUUUACGACGAUUCUGUGUAUCUUGUCGUUCCGUAAGGGUAAUUUUUGUGUGUGUUGAUCUCAUUUUUUUAAACUGCGACUGUAUUUAAAGUGAUCAAGCAACGAUAAUUGGGGCAGAAAAAUCUCCAAAAAGUUAAACCGCAUUCUAAAUGAAGUACAAAAAUGUUUUUUGAUCAAACAAAAAGUGCCACUUGUUUAAAUCAAAAUUCUUCCGGUGACAUUCCUAAAACCAGCGUUUAGAAACCCGGAGCCUAAUUCAAACGACUUUGGUGUUUUUUGAUAAAAAUAAGACAAUAAUCCCCGAGCCGAACCGCGCGUUUGAGCAUACUCACAUUGUCACUUUUUCGAAUCAUUGUGUGUUCUAUUGUAAGUAGAAUAUGACAGUUUUUUUACUAAAGUAGAGCGGAUUUCUACGUGGAUCAAUAUAUUCGAUUAAAAGUGAUACGAUAUGCUUAUUGAAUACGAAUUUCAUUUCCGAGAUUUAUCGAAUUCGUGUAAUGUGAAUGCAUAAUAAAUCAUAAUCAGUGAUGAAUUUAGCAAUGUUGAAUAUUUAAAUGUAUUGUAUAAUUGUUUUCCUUACAUAGCACAUUAUCAUGUCUUAUAUUUAAGCGGUGAUUGAACGGUCAAACCCGUAGAGCGAUAGUCGUUUGAUCGCUCAAGUUCUCGCAGUAUUAACUGUUUUAUUUUGCCUUGCCGUUCUGUUGGGUGUAUGUGCUGCAUUUUUUGUUUUUGCUGCUGGUUUUUCAUAGUUUAGUAUAAUUUCGAGUUAACAUAUAACUGAGAUUUUAUGCAAAGUUUGUUUAUAGGGCUGACGCCCCAGUGUUAAGCGGUUAAUUCAGAUAUAUUUAACAUUUUUUCAUAUAAUACAUGUGUACAUACAUUAUAGUUAUAGCUUGUAGUUAAGUACCCAUGUAAUGGACUGCUGUUAGUUACGAUGCCGUGCAUCGAUUCUGUCUAGUCUGUACUUAAAUUCUCAUUGUUUCAAUAUAGAGCAUAGCUAUGUUUACUUAAUUCUUACAAAAUAUAUUAUUCUGCAAUA